AUGCCCGCCAUCGACAUCUCUGGUGAACGGGCUGCAAUCCCACACGCAGCGAUCACCAAGCACAUCACCCCCGGACGACAGUUCCUCCCCGUAUCCUCGUCCCCAGCGGGGCUAGCGGAAGAAGACGACGACGACGACGACGACACGGACCCAGAAAGAACCCCGGUCAACAACAACAACAUGCCGCCGACAGCUUCCAAAACGUCCGCGCAACAGACACUGCCCUCACUCAUCCCGGGAUUCCUUGACAGGUCCACGGCCAGCACAGCUUCACCGUCUGCCUCGACAACACGUACGCUACGCACCGCCACUCAUAAACGCACGACCUCGACAAUACACUCGCCCACAACGGCGUCUUCCUCUAAGCCUUCCUCGCAUCUUCCCCCGUCCUCCAUUCCGAUGAUUGACGACGACGACGAGUUUGAGGGAAUCCAAGAGAUAUCAGAGUCCGAGUUUCCGCCCGAGCUUGUGCCCCGCAGUGUGCGCAAACGCCCAAGGACGAGCAUUGGCACAAAGAAUGGUGAGUUUUGUGGGGAGCUGACGGGGCGGGCGAUGCUAACACGGCCAGCAACACCGCCAUCAUCCAACUGGGACACGGACGCCAUCGACCUCUCUGGACCCUCUUCGUCUCCUCCUCUUCUCCGCUCGUCAAGGACAUCUCCGGACAAGAUGGACACCUCCCCAAUCCCACCUCGUAAACCUCCUACCCGCCGCCGCGUCGUCUCCGAUACCGACAUGGACGAAAGCGACGACGACCGUGUCCCGCUCACCAAGCCGGCUUCCAAAGACAAGGGCAAGGGCAAGGCCAGGCCUAUUGUGGAGUUUACGCCCGAGCCUGAAGUGGAGCCAGAGGCUCUCCCUGGGCUAGGCGCUUCGAAGAGCCGCACCGCUCACCGUGGAUCGGGUGGAUCAGACGCCGACGAGUCUGACGAGUUCGACUUUGACGACUUGGACGCCACUGCCUUAUACGGCCUCCCGUUCCCUGGCGACGGUUAUAACAUGCCCAACUUUGCCGCCCGCUCGCGUAGUGCCCAAAUGGUCGAGGACGACGACGACCGUGAUCCCCUCGCCGCGAUCGGUAUUACCAAUCGCCCAAAGACCAAGACACCCAAGGGCAAGACGAGUGCGACAGGCGGAGUGCAAGCGUUAGCCAACACAACCUCACUGCCCGUCGUCGAGUUUGCCGACCUCACGCUCCUGCCUCAACUCGACGAGCGCUGGCAGGCGUUUUACAGAGACCACUGGCGCCGCGGUGCAGAUAACAGUGAUGAUGAAAGGGAUGGCGGCGGCGGCGGAGGAGGAGGAGGAAGGCGCGACGAUGGAGACGAGGAACAAGAGUUUGGCGUCGCUGUCCAGGCCAGCAAGCCCGGGAGGGGUGGGUUUGGCCGUUUCGGCGGACGCCCCAGUCGCGGUGGCCGUGGCAAGGCUCGCGGUUGGAAGCGUGGACGCGGUAAGAGGUAG